GGAUGAAGGUUACGGCUUGUUUAGUCGUCUGUUUGUGUUUAGUGUUCAUUGGAGUGAACAUGGCAAAUGACGAAAUGAUGGAGGAUAAUAAACUGACCCACAACCUUGUUAAAAGAAGUCAACCAGCAUGUGGGAGUAAUGGAAAUAACUGCCGGUAUCGUAAAUGUUGUAAUAAUUUCAACUGUGUUAAAGGGAGAUGCAGGCCUAAAGGUUGUAAAAGAUCAUGCAGAAACAGCCGUGAAUGCUGUAAUAAUUGGGGCUGUAUUUACGGAUCCUGCAGACAAUGUCGAAGGAGGACAUGUAAAGGAAACAACGACUGCUGUAAUGGUUAUAAAUGCUCUUAUAAGAGAUGCCAAAAGAAAUAAUUGCGUUAGAAAUACAUCUUUUAGCAAGCGUUAAGUGACCAACUCAAAUACUUUCGCUUUUAAUGUCA